GCCGGAUCCCCCUCCGCAGCUGGGACGCGCCGAACUCGAGGCCGGAGUCGGCUCUCCGGAGCCUGGUCCCUCCCUUCCCUUUCCCGGUCCCCUUCCCCCACCCCCGACGAGGGUUUGGCGCGGCAGUCAGAGGAACCCCGAGCCCACCCAGGCCCCUGAGCCAGAGGAAUGGAGAACUCCUCAGCAGCGUCGGCCUCCUCAGAGGCAGGGAGCAGCCGCUCCCAGGAGAUCGAGGAGCUAGAGCGCUUCAUCGACAGCUACGUGCUGGAGUACCAGGUGCAGGGGCUGCUGACCGACAAGACAGAGGGCGAUGGUGAGAGCCAAAGGACACAGUCUCACGUCUCCCAGUGGACAGCGGAUUGCAGCAAGCAGCUAGACACCAGCUGCUCCUUCCCCCGAGGACGAGCUCCCCCACAGCAGAAUGGCAGCAAAGACGGCUCCCUGGACAUGCUGGGCACAGACAUCUGGGCUGCCAACACCUUUGAUUCCUUCAGUGGUGCCACCUGGGACCUGCAGCCUGAAAAGCUGGACUUCACCCAGUUCCACCGGAAGGUCCGGCACACACCCAAGCAGCCCCCGCCGCACAUCGACAGAGAAGGGUGUGGAAAGGGGAAACUGGAAGAUGGGGAUGGCAUCAACCUGAACGACAUCGAGAAGGUCCUCCCCACCUGGCAGGGCUACCACCCGAUGCCCCAUGAAGUGGAGAUUGCACAUACCAAGAAGCUGUUCCGGAGGAGGAGAAAUGAUCGAAGACGGCAGCAGAGACCUCCAGGGGGGAACAAGCCCCAACAGCACGGUGACCACCAGCCAGGCAGUGCCAAACACAACAGGGACCACCAGAAAUCCUACCAGGGAAGCUCAACACCCCACCCCUCAGGGAGGCCCACCCACCAUGGCUACAGCCUCAACCGGCGCUGGCACCAUGGUAACAUGAAGCAUCCACCAGGUGAAAAGGGGGAGCCAGGCGCCCACCGCAAUGCCAAAGAGACCGUGACCACCGAGAGCCCCAGACUUGAGGACAGCCCUGGGGACAGUGGGCACGGAUGCCUUGAGCCCCCUCACAGCCCUGACACCUCAGCCCCGACGGCUUCUGAAAGACCCUCCCCGCAGCCACCAGGUGGGCCAGAGGCCGAGGCAAAGCAUAAAGACUGUGUUGUUGCCGAGCGCCUCGGGGAGAGGCCCAAAAUCACCCUGCUUCAGUCUUCCAAAGACAGGCUGCGGCGAAGACUAAAAGAAAAGGUACCGGUAAUUGAAUUUUCCUUGUUCUCUUGUACCCGGGAGGAGCACCAAGAGGAUGAAGUGGCUGUGGAGACAACCAACCCUCAGCAGAACAAGAUGGACAAGUUGAUCGAGAUCUUGAAUAGCAUGCGGAACAACCGCAGCGACGUGGACACCAAGCUUACCACCUUCAUGGAGGAGGCCCAGAACUCCACCAAUUCCGAGGAGAUGCUGGGUGAGAUUGUACGGACCAUCUACCAGAAGGCUGUGUCAGACCGCAGUUUUGCCUUCACGGCUGCCAAGCUCUGUGACAAGAUGGCACUCUUCAUGGUGGAGGGGACCAAGUUCAGGAGCCUGCUCCUAAACAUGCUCCAGAAAGACUUCACCGUGCGCGAGGAACUGCAGCAGCAGGACGUGGAGCGCUGGCUGGGCUUCAUCACCUUCCUGUGCGAGGUGUUUGGCACCAUGCGCAGCAGCACAGGCGAGCCCUUCCGCGUGCUGGUGUGCCCCAUCUACACGUGCCUCAGGGAGCUCCUGCAGUCUCAGGAUGUGAAGGAAGAUGCUGUGCUCUGCUGCUCUAUGGAGCUUCAGAGUACAGGCCGGCUGCUGGAGGAGCAGCUGCCUGAGAUGAUGACGGAGCUCCUGGCCAGCGCCCGAGAUAAGAUGCUAUGCCCCUCAGAGUCCAUGCUGACUCGAUCCCUGCUCCUGGAGGUCAUCGAGCUCCACGCCAACAGCUGGAACCCUCUGACGCCCCCCAUCACGCAGUACUACAACAGAACCAUCCAGAAACUGACAGCCUGACAGCCAGGGGGCCUGGCGGGCAGCCCACGGGCAGCUGGGGCCCUGGUAUGCAGGGCCAGAUGGACAUGCGGGAGGACAGGGGUGGCCCUGGCGAGAGGUAGAGCUGGACAGGAAGGCAGGCAGAGUCUGUGGCCAGUCUGGAGCCAGCCAGGAGAGGGAUCAAAUCCCUAAGACGAGCCUCUCCUCCCACCCCCACCCC